AAGACUGUACUGAUGAAAGCUCAGCAAGUCCUCUAUCAUAAAGAGCUUGACAUCUAAACUUUGAAAAUUAAAGGAAAAAACUAGAUGCUACUCUGCAGGUUGCAUUAAUUACUACUUACUGGAUAUAUUCAAAUCCUUCAGGAUUCCCAAAGGAACCAGGUACCAAAGAAGAAAUGCAAGCCAUGGACAACUUCACUGCUGCGGCUGGUAAUGGCAGUCUGUGCACCCGAGAUUACAAAAUCACCCAGGUCCUCUUCCCGCUGCUCUACACCGUCCUGUUUUUCACUGGACUGAUCACAAACAGCCUAGCAAUGAGGAUUUUCUUUCAAAUUCGCAGUAAAUCCAACUUCAUUAUUUUCCUUAAGAACACAGUCAUUUCUGAUCUUCUCAUGAUUCUGACUUUUCCAUUCAAAAUCCUUAGUGAUGCUGAACUGGCGGUGGGAUCGCUGAGAACCUUUGUGUGCCAAGUUACCUCCGUUAUAUUUUAUUUCACAAUGUAUAUCAGUAUCUCAUUCUUAGGACUGAUAACGAUUGAUCGCUACCAGAAGACAACCAGGCCAUUCAAAGCAUCCAGCUCCAACAAUCUCUUGGGAGCUAAGGUACUUUCUAUUGUCAUCUGGGCUUUCAUGUUCUUACUCUCUUUGCCUAACAUGAUUCUGACCAACAAGAGGCCAAGAGACAAGAAUGUGAAGAAAUGCUCUUUCCUUAAGUCAGAGUUUGGCCUGGUCUGGCAUGAAAUAGUCAACUAUAUCUGUCAAGUCAUUUUCUGGAUUAACUUUUUAAUUAUCAUUGUAUGCUACACACUCAUUACAAAAGAACUGUACAGGUCAUAUGUAAGAACAAGGGGAGUGGGCAAAGUCCCCAGGAAAAAGGUGAAUGUCAAAGUUUUCAUUAUCAUUGCUGUGUUUUUUAUUUGUUUUGUGCCUUUCCAUUUUGCCCGAAUUCCCUAUACUUUGAGUCAAACCCGGGAUGUCUUUGAUUGCUCUGCUGAGAACACACUAUUCUAUGUGAAAGAGAGUACUCUGUGGUUAACGUCCUUGAAUGCAUGCUUGGAUCCAUUCAUCUACUUUUUCCUUUGCAAGUCCUUCAAAAAUUCCUUGAUGAAUAUGUUGAAGUGCCCCAAUUCAGGAAUACCUCCAGCCCAAGUGAACAGGAAAAAAGGACAGAGUGAUGGUGACACAGCUGAUGAAACGCCACUUUGAACAAAUGAACGGGGGAUAUCUUCCAAUGUGUGAGUGUUCCGAACUCCU